AUGUCAUUUUUAGGUUCCUUACGCCAAAAGGCAACAUUCAUUGAUAAAAUAGCUGAAAGUUUUUUACCUUCUCUUACUAGAGACGAAAAGUUUAAGCUAGAAUACAGAUUACCUGAUGAAGAACUAAUAGUGGAUGAUAUAAAUGCAGACCUUUCCUUUGUUGGAGCCCAUAGUAAAUUAAGAGAAAUUCAGAACCAUAGGACCAAAGAACAGAAUGUUGGAGCAUAUGUGUUUUCAGGUAGGUUAUAUCUAACAAAACAUUUUUUGGUAUUUAGAGAUGCAUUCGAUAAAAAAUCUUGUGUUUUGUUACUUAACCUAUCAACAAUAAAGAGAGUGGAGAGAACUCCAUCUGAAGCAAAUAAUUUUUCUCUAACAUUGACAUUGUAUACUGGGUCUGAAGUAUUGAUACAGUUGAUGGGAUUGAAAUAUAAAUCUGAACAAUUUUCUGCUCAAUUAAAAUUACAUUUAAAGGAGAAUAUAGAAAAUGCAAGGAAAUUACCUCAAUUUUUGAACACUUGUUAUUCGGAGUUCAUACUUAACAAGAACAUUAUGCAUAAAACAGAUUUGAUACCACCAAAAUCAGGACUUGGACAACAAUUCAAAUAUCCUGGUAAUCCUUCAAUGGAAAAAGAAAAACUCAAAUUAAGACUUUGGUUUGAUUAUUUUAAGGAGAAUGGUGAAAAUAUGGGAAUAGUUAAAAAUCAUAUAUUUCAUAAACUAGUUAGGGUCGGUUUACCUAAUAGAAUUAGAGGUGAAAUUUGGGAAUUAUGUUCUGGUGCCAUGUACCUACGUUACGCCAAUGCGGGUGAAUACCAACAAAUAUUAGAAGAAAAUCAAGGGAAAACGUCACAAGCAACAGACGAAAUUGAAAAAGAUUUAAAGAGAUCCUUACCUGAAUACAAAGCAUAUCAAACAUCGGAAGGUCUAAAUAGGUUAAGGAAUGUGCUGACUGUUUAUUCUUGGAAAAAUCCAGAUGUUGGAUAUUGUCAAGCAAUGAAUAUCGUUGUAGCAGGUUUAUUAAUAUAUAUGACAGAAGAACAGGCAUUCUGGUGUUUAUAUAACUUGUGUGACGUGUAUGUUCCUGGUUAUUACUCCAAAACGAUGUAUGGUACUCUGUUGGAUCAAAAAGUGUUUGAAUAUUUUGUCGAAGAUAAAAUUCCAGUGUUAUGGGAGCAUAUACAAAAACAAGAUAUUCAACUAUCCAUCGUUUCAUUGCCAUGGUUUUUAUCAUUAUUUUUCACAUCGAUGCCGUUAGAAUUCAGUUUUAGAAUAAUGGAUAUAUUUUUUCUUAAUGGCUCAAGAACAUUAUUCCAGGUUUCUCUUGCGAUAUUAAAGGUCAAUGGUGAUGCGUUAUUAGCAUCAGAAGAAGAUGGUACUUUUAUUGCUGUUUUGAAGAAUUAUUUUCAAACUUUAGGCGACAGUGCAUACCCAGAUUCAGAUGAUCCUAAAUUAAGAAGUAUUACUAAAUUUCAACAGCUGCUUGUAACAGCCUUUAAGGAAUUCAAUGUUAUUACAUCUCAAAUAAUUUCUCAACAAAGGCAUAAAUUUGAAAAGGAAAUAACCUUAAAUAUUGAAACUUUUGUUAAGAAAACACAAAUUCGUCAAAUGCCUAAAACUUUCUAUCUUCAUAGUACUGACUUAUCAAAUAUCUAUGAUAUUUAUUAUCAAAGUAUAGAGACAUAUAAUAUAAGUCUCGGUAAAGGUUCCUCUAGUAUGAAUUAUGACGUUUUUGUUCAAUUUUUAGGUAAAUUUUGUGAUUGGUGUAAGCCAUGUGAAGCAGAUAAUGAUUCCAGAUUUGUUGAACAGAAAAAUGAGUUUUUGAAGAAAUUAUUCAAUUACUGGGAUACGAAUGAUUCUGGUGAACUGACGUUAAAUAAUGUUGUAGCUGGUUUAGAUAAGUUGAAGACAGAUGAUUUAUUAAUCAUGAUAAAUAAUUUUUUCAAUUUAUAUGAUAAGGACGGUGAUGGCGAAUUGCAUCGUGAGGAGGUCCUUGCUCUCUCAGAGGGUUUAUUAUUUUUGACAGAACCAUGGAGAUCAGGUAGAUAUGUUGAUGUUCUUACUAAAACAGCAAUUGAGAAUGAGAUUGCUGACAGAAUUGUUGAACAAAAGGCACAAGAAGAAGAUGGGGAUGACACAAUUGAGUUACCGAACGAUGUUGAAGUAAAUGAAGAAAAAUAUAAAAAUGAACAGUCUGAAAGGUAUUUGAAGGCAGCUAGUAAUUUCUUACAAAGGUCCAUUGAAUAUGCUAGAUCAGUGGAUCUACCUUCUGAUUUUAACUUAAUAGAACUUUCUGAUGAUGAAACUGGAGGUUCUAGUGAAUCUACAGAUGCUAUAAAGAAGAAAAAUUUGAACACCUUAAAAGCUAACGCUGCUUUGGAUCCAACACACCCUAAACGAUUAGAUAUGGCUACAUUUAGAAUGAUUAUCCUUGCGGAUGAAACAUAUGAAUUAUUUUUUUCAGAAACUUGGAGAUGUUCUACACAUGUUAAUAAAUUAAUAGACACAGAUAAUACAAGAGGAAAGGCCUUGCGUGGUAUGUUUGAUGGGUUUAUGGCUGAUGGCAGAAAGGUUGCCAAACAAGUCCGUAUCCGUGUUGAUUCUGUUGCUACCACUAGAAGUAGAGGAGAUUCUAUAUUAAGUACCGAUACUAAUGCAACAUCAAACACCCCAAUGGCAAAAUCUCUCUCGUCUUCUACUAAAGAAGAUAAAUUCGAAGAUAUCGAUGAUUUUACUUCAGAACAGCAAGAGGAACGUGAUGAUCUACUAGGAAAUUCAUGGGUAGAAAUGGAUAUCGAUGAUACCAUGAUAGAACCUGAAAGAAAACAAGUUCUCUCUAGGCCUCCAAUGAGCAACUCCAUAUCAAAGGAUUUAAUUGAAUUUGAAGCAUAA